AUGCACAAUCAGUCGAAAUUGUGGUCAGGCCUUUAUUUUGUAUUUUGUAAUUAUCUUAUCCUUUAUUUGGUUCUUAUUAUUCUUUCAUAAUGUUACUCUAGUUUUAUGUUAGUGAUAUUAUGACUAGGUCGGUCAGAGGUUGUUACUCACUUAGUGGCUGGUUCGCUUUGAUGUUGAAGGCUGUCACGUUACAGAUUUAGUCCAGUGGGUGGCGGUACUCAACAACUGUUGAUUCCAUAAACGCUAUUAACAGCGAGCGAAGAAGAAUUUUAAGAUUCCGCGCGAUGUUUGUUUUUAAAUUUGUAUAAACCGAUUUAAUUUGUAUGCGCGGUAUUUGUUAUCCGAAUAGAAAUGCAUUAUAACAAGAAUAAAGAUGAUCCUCGUCAAGCUUCGAGUUUGUCGUCUUCUUUUAUUGCUGUCCCCAAUGAUAAAACGUUGAUAAUCUCGUCUAAGGAGAAGAAGGAAAACAUACGACUGGGAAAACAGACUGCGUCUGUAUACGCAGCCAAGAUAAAGACGAAAAUACACAAUACCUCAUCAUUCUUCAAGCUCUCUUUGAAAAGCAACAACAAGGCCCUGGCCCUGGCUCUGGUUGCUCAGAAGAAGAGGAGCAGAGAGCUGGAAACAGAGGUGGUGCGGCUGAGGAAAGAUGCACAGACCACUACUUUUGAUCUUGCUUAUCAGCGUCAUAAAAACAAACAAUUGUUUGCGAUUAUACGAGAGUUUUAUGACUCUUCCCUGAACUGGAUGACAAAGGCUGUUGACAUUUUUUGUAAUGAUGAGGUUCCAGACAGUAUGGACACUGAACACAACACCAGUGAAGACCAAAUGUUUGAAAUGGAGAAAGAGGUUGAGAGUUUGCAAGAGAGACCGUUGUGUCCACAGCAGGACCCUGUUGAGUCUGAACCAGUGAAUACAGCUAUGGUCAAAGAAGCUACAGCCUGUGAUGUUCUCAGCCAAGAGAGAAACAGUCCAGCACAGCAAAACACCCUAAAUGGCUCUGAAAUGGACAUAACCGUUAAUGACAGUGCUGCUGAAAUUGUAAUAGUUGACACAAACGCAAGAAGAAUCUCUGAAGUUAGAGAAGAACAUCAGGAAAAAAAGGAUUUGUCUCUGUCAGGAAAAGGUAGUGAGAGUGUAUCUGCAGAGGGCGACUCACCAAUUGAAUUUAGUAGAUUCGAUUCUACAUCAGCUGUGCCAAAAGAGUUGACCACUGUGAUGCAGCAGUGCUCUGCCACUGUUCAGAAUGAGGUGGUGGAUGGGCAUGAAACAGAAUCAAUAACUGCACGCAGGAAGACCCAUGUCACCUCUCGUUGUACUAAAAGUAGCAGGCGCACAUGCAAAAGGAAAGAUCCAAACCCAGAUCCGAGGAAAACGUACCUAAUCUCCCAAGAUCCUCCUAAUGACGUUUUUAAUGAUUGUUUCAGUGAUCUUGAGCUUCAGAUUUCUGAAAGAAGCAAGGCAAUUUCUUCAGAUGGAAAUAUUUCAAGUAAAGCUGCUAAAAGCAAAGCAAAAGAGUCUCGUGUCAACCAGGAACCCAGGAGAACAUUUAUAGUUCAAGACGAGCAAAGACCUCAGAAGAGCAGGGGGACCAAAGUGUCAUCCCUUAUGGAUCACAGUUUAUCGUAUGUGCAUAAAAAUGUUGAGUCUGCUGGUACUGCAUGCCCAGAGACUUCUGGUACUGAUGUGCAUGUCAUUGAGAGUGCAGUUCAAGUCAAAAAAGGCAAAAACAAGUCUCUGACACAGUUUGAAAAGUGCAACACACAAAAAAACAGAGGAACGUUUGUGGUACAGCCAAGUCAAUCAUUCAUCAACAGGAAUUCCAUUUUGAAAGAGACCAAUAUAUUAGAUGAUCCCAAGAUUCCAGAAGGAUCACAGGAGGUAGCACCAGAAAUGCAAAUGACACCUCAAGAUAUUGGUUUAGACACUAUUGCACGACAGCACAAGGAGCAUGUUUCUCAUGAGAUACUGAAGGAAAACAACUAUCAUCCAGAAUGUUCACAAGAUGUGCAUAUCACCCUUGUACAGGAAGCCCCUGAAUUUGUAUCAUCAGUUCCUGGUAAAGCUAAGAAACACAGAAAAGAGGGGGCAAAUAAAAUAAAAAAAUCAAAUGCUGCAAUAAAAGUAAAAUCCAAAGCAUUAACAAAGAAACAAAACAGCUGUGCUUUGAGUAUGCGAGAAAAUCUGUUGACUGAAAAGCAAGAUGUGAUUGAUCUUCAGAAUGGAGCAGAAUACAGGUCUUUGUCUAAUACUUUACAACUACCAGGGAUAUCUCAUCGCUCAGAGGAGGACCUCAGAGAUGAACAUGAUGCAGCAACCUCUGAAAUACGCUGCCCUUCCUCUGUUGACAAGAUUGAUCAGGCUGACCAUAUCAACAUGGAUGCUCUUAACAUAGAUCUAGACCAAACGAACCAAGCUUAUGAGAGCAGGUGCAGGAAAACAUACGUAAUUUCAUCUACUCAUAAACCACUAAGUAAAGAAAUGACUGACAGUGGUGCUUCCAGCAGAACAUCAUCUUCUGAACAUCAUCUUCUCACAAAUGAAACGGAUGAUGUUUCAGCUGUAAUGAACUCAAGCACGUUUAUUAUGGAAAAAUACAAUGUGACUUCAGACCCUUUUAGUGAACACACGAAAGACCUUCAGCUCACAGAGGAGAGGCCUCCAUGGGAGACCAUUGAUGGUUACCCUGAAACGCUCUCAGAUGAAAGCCCUGCCCACAGCCCUCAACCAGAGGCCCGCUCUCAAACUAUGAACAUUUACCAGGACCAGGACCAGGACUCAGACUUGAGGCACCAAGCUCCAGAAGAUGGCAGGGUUAUGAAGAGUCUAACAAAUACAGACAUUAACUCUUUAGGGAGAACGCGAAGAAGAGCGGCACCAGUCUCCUACAAAGAGCCAACUCUCAAUUGCAAAAUGAGGCGUGGGGACAAAUACUCUGAUACAAAAUUCUUAAACUCUCCAGUGUUCAAAGAUAAAAAGAAGAAACGAACUUAGGAGUGAUUUUUCCCAUUGUUUGAUUUGUCUUUUAUUUCUUUUUGCUUUUUGUUAUCUUGUUUUUUUAUUUACAUUUUGUCUUUUUUAUGCAAUUCUAAUGUUUAAUAGAUUUUGAUCUUAAAGUGAGCAUUUUUAAAUCACAGCUGUUAAUUUGCUGUCAGAGCAUAGUUUCUUUUUUGUACAUUGAGGACAUUUUGUUUUAAAUUUAAAUGAUAUUUAUUUCUGUGGUUAAUAAAGAGAACCUGCUCUAUUUGCA